AGGAUAGAAUACUGUUGAAUUUACCUGUAAUUCAUCCAGGGGAAAACAUCUGAAUAUGAUUCUAUAAGACAUAUAUUGUGUAAUGCUGUGAUAACCCGCGCAUUGAUCCCCUGUGCAAUUUUUGUGGGGCAAAAUAUAAUCACGUGUUGCUAAGGCAGCCAAUUGCAGCUGGGGAAGCUUUGAGAAAUAAUUACCUGCGUUGAUUGUUCUAUGGGUAGAUCAAAAAAAGUACACACACUCCAUAUAAUAAUCGGAUGCAUGUAAAAGAGAACGGAACCAUCGACAUGUCGACCACGGGUCCCAUAAGUAAUUAUUAUGUGGAUUCCUUGAUACACCAUGAAAGCGAGGAUGUUCUUGCGGCUCGAUUCUCGGCUCCUGGUUCGCACUCCACCGGCCCUCGUCCAACGUCCCUUAUACCGGAGUGUGGUGACUAUCCGUCCUGCAGCUUUUCCCCGAAACCACCCGUGUUUACUACCUCUUGGGCCCCUGUUCACUCCCAGUCCUCAGUGGUUUACCACCCAUACAGCCACCAACCUCAUUUAGGAACGGACUCAAGGUAUGUGCGGUCAUGGCUAGAGCCGAUCUCGGGGACCAUGUCCUUCCCUGGCUACCCAGCCAACGGCAGACACUAUGGGCUGAAGCCCGAAGCCUUCCAGGAGCAUCGAGCCGGUGACUGCCUCGCCUCCAACGGACGCAACUACACGGAUUAUCUCUACUGCACCUCCGCUGACAUUCGAGAAAAGAACCAAACGAACAUCCCUUCUCCCGAGACCGAGCUUUUGGCUUCCGGAAAGCAUAAAGACGAGAAGCCAGAAUUAGACCCAAAUAACCCAGUGGCAAAUUGGAUUCACGCGCGUUCUACAAGGAAGAAGAGGUGCCCUUAUUCAAAAUACCAGACUCUCGAACUUGAAAAGGAGUUUUUGUUCAAUAUGUACCUUACCAGAGACCGUCGAUACGAGGUGGCAAGAGUCCUCAACCUCACUGAGAGGCAGGUCAAAAUCUGGUUCCAGAACCGGCGGAUGAAGAUGAAGAAAAUGAACAAGGAAAAAACCGACGCCAACAAAGAACAAUAAUAAACGAGUUAUUACAAAAACGUCAUCAGACAAAAACAAGCAUCAGACAACAGUAAAAUAACCACUAUUGCCAUGGACAACAACAAAGAUAAACCAAAAUACAUUUUUGCAUUAACCCCACCUUCCAUGUUUGUUGCGAAAUAUUUUUUGUUUUAUACGCUCUCCUUUCUCUGUCCAGUUUUAAACGAGCCCCUUUCCAAGAAAAUAAAACAUUCUGCACUUACUUUGAAGAUACAUGUAUGUGUUUGUUUGUUAUAAGGGACAUUUGAAUUCAUGAUAUUUUGGACAAAUUAAAAACUGCCCCGAAGUAGGCCUAUAAGAAAGAGAAUACUUGAAUUGUUUUAAUUUCUUCACUAUAUAAUUUAUGAUGUCCCUGUGAAUGUUUCUUCCAUGUUUGUUCAUUUUCUAUGCUAUCUACCGUCAUAACAAAAUGUCUGUCUUGCGUCUAUGUGGUAACGUAACCGUUUGGUGUACCUAUUUGUGCAUUUCAUAUUCAGUCGAUUGUAUAGGCACGUUUCAUUCAUUAUAUACGUGUAGAUAUAGGCCUACUCAAAUAUAAACAUUACCACGAGGCUCUUGUAUUUUCUGUGUUUCUUUUCAGACAUGUCUCAAAGUAAAACAAACGUAAAUAUUGCAUGCAAUCUUACGACCAAUUUAGAUCCAUAUGUAGAACUACAUUUUGGAACUUAAAGCGCACAUUUGUGGCGCGUAAAAUAGCCAAUGUAUCGAUAAUGAUGUCAACACAAAGGCAACACGAACCGCAUUUGUGUUAAUCAGGAGAGAAAGACCUGUAAAAAUGAAAUAUCCCAAUUUCCCUGCACGUUGUGUGGAAUAUUGGAAGCAGAUGGAACGUUUCCUAAUCCUCUUUCUAGUAUUUGCAAGCAAAUCAGAAUCUUUAGACUACCACUCUUUAGAGUGUGCCCAUAAAUGGGUUAUUUUUUCUCUCUCGAAUAGAUUGAUGUAAAUUCGCCGACACAUCAAGGUUGUUACUAAAUAUGAUUUCACAAAACGUUUGUUUUAUAUUGUGCUGUUUUGAUACAAAUUAUAUUUGAAUGCAUGAAUUUAAGGUUACCACUUGGUAUGCAGAGGCCACCACAUCUGUCCACAAACUACCACAGCUAGUUCGCAUUGCACUGCGUAAACAUCAAAGACAUAGCCUAUAAAUCAAAAUGUAGCAGUAAAAUGUGUUAUAGAACAAAUAGGAAACAGUCAUUACUCAUAUUUUGGAAAGGAAAUAGACAUUUAUUUCGUGACAAAAACCACAGAAGACAACUUCAUAUAAACAUUUGGCCAAUGAGCCUGUGUCGUCACAGGCCUAGCCAUAUGUGUCACGUGUAAUAAUUUAUUUUCCUAAGCAAAAAUACUAGCAGCUGCUUAUGAAGAUAUUAUUAUAUUUUUAACCUUUAACCAUGUGUUGAGGCUCCUUUGCGUGUGCGUGAAGCUAAGGAAAAAGUAGUUAGGCUCGCAAGAAUUCUGAACAAAUCUUGUAGCAAACGCUAUAGGCAUAGUUUAAACCAACUUCUUCAUAUGCGAGAGAGUAAUUAUAAUUAAUGAAUUGUAAGAAACAUAUUUCGAUCCAUUCGUCUUGUUUGAAAUGUAACGAAAUUAAAGUUUCCUAAUGUGAAAAUAAAUUCACGUCUGGCAUUUGUUUCCUGGGCUCUUGGCCUAAAUUGCCUUUUUGUGAUGUUGAA